AUGAGGGCCAGGGCGCCGAACCUAUAUCCCACCAUGCUGACCGCACCAAUCGCCACUCCAGCCACCCCUCGGCCCCUUCCUCCUCUCCCUCCUCCCCUCCCUCCUCUCCCCCCCACUCCCCCUCUCCCUCCUCCAACAUUCCCUCUCCCUGCCCUGCCUCCUACCCCUCUCCCACCACCUCUCCCUCCCGUUCCUCCUCUUGCUCCUCUUCCUCUUCCCCUUUCCCUCGGACCUUCAUGCGGCAACUCCCUUGUACGCUCAGGCUCAGGUACGGGCUCAGGUGUUGGCUCAGGUGCAGUCUCAGGUGCGGUCUCAGGUGCAGUCUCAGGUGCAGUCUCAGGUGCGGUCUCAGGUGCAGUCUCAGGUGCAGUCUCAGGUGCGGUCUCAGGUGCAGUCUCAGGUGCAGUCUCAGGUGCGGUCUCAGGUGCAGUCUCAGGUGCAGUCUCAGGUGCUGGCUCAUCAUUGUCAGUGUUACCUUCUGCUACCUCUCCUGCCUCCUCACCUGCUUCCUCUCCCCCUGCCUCUUCUGCUGCCCCACCUAUAGAUCCUUCUCCUGCCUCUCCACCUGCUCCUUCUGCUGCCAAUCUCCCUGCUCCUUCUGCUGCCCCUCCUGUUGCUUCCCCUGUCACAUCGCCUGUUACCUCUUCUGCUCCUUCUGCUGCUACCUCUCUUGUUGUUUCCUCCACUGCCCCUCCAGCCUCCCCCUCUGCCGUCCCUCCUGCCGUCACUCCUGCUCCCUCUCCUACCGCCUCUGCCCCUCUUUCGCCUCUUCUUCCCCCACCCCUCGCCCCCUCUCCCCCACCUCUCCCUCCCUCCCCUCCCCUCCUCCCCUCACGCAUCCCAGCAGCAAAAGAAGCGACUCCCAUGUCUUCACACGUGCCUCGCACCUGCACUACCAUCACCCUGCCUCUGCAGCAGCCUCUGUCUCUCCCUUUCCCCCCACGUUCCCCCCCUCUUCUUCUAUCAUUCGCCCUUGCCCCUCCGGAAUGA